CAAGAAAGAAAAACCCUUUGAUAAUCGAACUUCGAAAAGGACGUCACUUUUUGAUGUAAUUUUGAGAAACGCUUUACCUGAAAAAAUCCCAGAACCACUUGUUAAAAUUAUAAACGUGAUGAUUAAUCGAACUUCGAUAAUCAUUUUCCAAUAAUCCAUCCAAAUAUCACCGUAAGUAUGGAAGAAAGAUGCUGACCAUUGGAGUUGUUUACGAGAGUCACGCAAAGGGAAGCUUUUGAUUCCGAGGCGGGUCCCACAUCGAAGACAAUUCUCUCCACAGUGAGAGAGCCACACAAGCUUCUUUUGCUCCACCGUGUCCUCCUCUCUCCCUCUUCUUCAUUAUACUCAUUACUCCCUUUUCAAUUUCUCCUCUUCUUCUUCCUGCUCUCUCUCUAUCUGACACCAACAAUGGCGAGACUUCCCUUGAGACCCGACACCCAUUUCUUCUCCUCUCCUAUCCACGCCCAGAAACAACCUUUCCUCUCCGUCUACACCAUCACCACCCGCUUCUUCCCCCAACAUCACUACCACAAUCCUCUUAAAUCAAGGGUUAAGUGCUCCGCCAGUGGUACAGAACGAGCCAGAGAGAGCAAGAAGAAGCUCCCGAAGAACUCCAUCGAAAAACUCCCUCCCCAGGUUCCGAAUCCGGAUUCCGAUUCCGAAGUUCUGAGCGCGGAGACGGGUUCCGAGCAGAAUUGGCCUCCAUGGAAAAACAUACCCGAGAGAUAUAAGCUCAUCGGCGCCACUUCCCUCGCCUUCGUUAUCUGCAACAUGGACAAGGUGAACUUGAGUAUUGCUAUAAUACCAAUGUCACACCAGUUUGGAUGGAGCUCAUCUGUGGCCGGGCUGGUUCAGUCUUCCUUCUUUUGGGGUUAUGCCUUGAGCCAGUUGCCUGGAGGUUGGCUUUCCAAGAUUUUUGGCGGCAGAAAAGUGCUCGAGAUUGGUGUAUUUACAUGGUCUUUCGCUACAGCUCUUGUUCCAUUACUUGCUGGAUUCAUGCCUGGUUUAAUCUUUUCCCGGAUUUUGGUGGGAAUAGGAGAAGGCGUUUCCCCAUCGGCUGCAACGGACCUUAUUGCCAGGCAUGACGAUACCUGUUGGGGAACGCUCAAGGGCAGUGGGCUUUGUUUUUGGAGGAUUGAGUUUGGGAAGUGUUUUGGGGUAUGGCUUCUCUUGGCUCCUCCCAUUAUCCAAAGCUAUAAUUGGGAAUCUGUCUUUUACCUGUUUGGUCUUCUUGGUGUUGGCUGGUUCGUCGGGUUUCAAUUUCUUAACGACGAAGAGGUUUCAUAUAGAGGUGAUGGGACCACUACUUCGCAUAAUAAACCUGAAAAAGCUACACGGGAAGAGUUGGGGAACUCAUUGAAGGAGAUUCCAUGGAAGUCGUUUUUCCAGAGCUCAGCUGUUUGGGCAAUGAUAUACACUCACUUUUGUGGAAGUUGGGGCCACUAUACCUGUUUAUCUUGGCUACCAACUUAUUUCAGUGAGGCGCUGAAUCUAAAUUUGAGAGAUGCUGCUUGGGUCUCCAUCCUCCCUCCACUGGCAUCGAUUUUCGUGACAAGCCUUGCUUCACAAUUUGCUGACUACUUAAUUUCAAAUGGAGUUGAGACUACCACGGUCCGAAAGAUUUGUCAAACGAUUGCGUUCAUAGCACCAGCGAUCUGCAUGACACUUUCAUCUGUGGACAUUGGAUUGCCACCAUGGGAAAUUGCAGGAAUCUUGACAGCAGGCUUGGCCCUAUCAAGUUUUGCUUUGUCAGGACUUUAUUGUACUCAUCAGGACAUCUCACCCGAAUAUGCAAGCAUACUUCUGGGUAUUACCAACACAGUAGGGGCAGUACCUGGAAUUAUAGGUGUGGCCCUAACUGGGUUUCUACUGGACUCGACCCAUUCAUGGACUAUGUCUCUGUUCGCGCCAUCAAUAUUCUUCUACUUGACGGGGACGGUUGUAUGGUUGGCAUUUGCAAGCAGUAAGCCUCAGAAGUUCAUUAAGAAUGAUGAUGACUCAUAAGUUUUGUUCUUCUUUUUUUCGAAACAAAAAGAAAAAACAUGGGAGACUUUUGGUUAUGUAUAGGUAAAAGAAGAAAUAGUAAAUUUUGUUUGUUGUCAAAGCAAAGAAAAAAGAGCAGUGGUAAUUUUGUUCACUGCCUUAUCCUAGUUUCUGCAUAGUUGCAAAUGUAACUUUUAUAUAAAAGAACUGUGUUUAUGGGUAAUGCAUGUGCUCUGAGUCUCUCUGACCAUCAAAAAAAUGGUAAUGCGGCAUUCCGGUUUAAGUCUGGUUCAGUUUGUCCCGGUUUCAUCAGUUUUCAUCACCACCUUUUUUUAUCCAGCA